UCCCCCGGCUCAUGCCGCUUACGUCUCAGCGUCUUCUCCGCUUCCAAGCGCCAAUACGCGACCCGGAAGCUGUACUUGUGACGCUUCUUUCCCUCUCCCACAAUACCUCGCGCUCUUCCUUUCCAUCCCGGGCCCGGCAGAAUGGCUCCCGCGAAGAAGGGUGGCGAGAAGAAGAAGGGCCGUUCUGCCAUCAACGAGGUAGUGACCAGAGAAUACACCAUCAACAUUCACAAGCGCAUCCAUGGAGUGGGUUUCAAGAAGCGUGCCCCUCGGGCACUCAAAGAGAUCCGGAAAUUUGCCAUGAAGGAGAUGGGAACUCCAGAUGUGCGCAUUGACACAAGGCUCAACAAAGCUGUCUGGGCCAAAGGAAUAAGGAACGUUCCGUACCGCAUCCGUGUGCGGUUGUCCAGAAAACGUAACGAGGAUGAAGAUUCUCCAAACAAGCUCUACACACUGGUCACCUAUGUACCUGUCACCACUUUCAAAAAUCUACAGACAGUUAAUGUGGAUGAAAACUAAUCGCUGAUUGUCAAAUAAAGGUAUAAAACUGC